AUGGCCGGCACUGAGUCUAGACAACCCAGACAGUUGCUUUCAGUCCAGCAACCUCCAGAAGGACAGACUCAAGAGCGUCGAGAGCAUCGCUCACGGUCGCGAGAAGCUGCAAGUCCUUCCGGUGCUGAACAAGAGGUGAACACUUCACAGAAACAAGAAACCACGCUUUGGGAUUCCAUCUCGCCUGAAGAGAACCUCCGGACGUUCGGCCUUGAGAUUCCUGACGGCAAGUCUUUGCGUGAAUGCCGUGAAAUUCUGCAAAGAGCAUAUUUGGAACGGAUGAAACGCUAUGACCUUCUGGUGGCUCAGCAACAGCGUGAAGUAUUGAGAGCAGCCACCAAGAAAACACGUGCUCUCCAGUCUUCUCUUUGGCAUGAACUUGACCUUGAUUUAGAAGACGAUGUAGAGAUGAAAGGCAUGAGCAUUGAGAAUUUGACUGCCAAGGCUACAGUGAUUUACACUCGGACCGUUGAUCGUGCCGCCUCCUUUUUGAACACCAAAAAAGACUUAGAAGAAAGGUCGCAGCUUAAGAAAGAGAAGCUAUUGAGUGCUUUGACCAAGAAAGCCCCAGCUGACUUUCUGAAUGAUGCGAUAGACAAGCGCAUCGCUAUGGCACAGAAACCGAAGCGUGGUGAGAUUUCCAGAGCUUCGCAACCAGCAGUAGAGUCGGCAGCCGCUUUUGUUUCCACCACUUCCAGUGUGACUAUGUCCAAGGAUGAUUUUGCACCUUUUGUUUCUGAAGCUCCAGCGGAUGACAAGCGUGCAGCGAAGAAAUUUCCUGGACUGGGCAAAGGGAAAGGGAAAGGCAAGAGUAGAGCUGCUUCGCAUUUCCAAACGAAGGGACAAAGGGACAAGGCAAAGGCAAGUCCUACGGUCUCCGGCAUGAUGGUCUACAUGGGGGGUUGUGGCCUCAAUCCCCUUGGAGUCCACCUUCUGUGCAUGAUGCUAAAGGAGGGAAGCCUAAGCAUGAGUCAGUUUUUCACUACGUGGGAGGCUAAGAUCCGGUGGAUGCAUGUUUUCGACAAGCUGUCUUGUAGCCCUCAGUCUGGGAACAGCAACAGAUGGUGGAAACUACGUGACCGUGGUCCCACGCGUCCUUGUGCUGCUCGCCUGCCUGAUUCUUCGGAGCUUUUUCUGCAAGAGGCAAAAUGUGCAUGCAUGGCGGCAUGCGCUCGCUCCAGAAGCUACUUCCGUGACAAACGAGGUCUCUCACUUCCAAUUUGCACCUUGUGGCCGCGCAUGGGCUUGAAGUACCCACGAACUGGUCCUUUCGCUGCAGUGUACGCUGACAAGGAUGGUGGCUUUGCUUUGGAGAAUGCCGUACUGAGCCAGAUAGACAUGCCACAGAACGACGAACUUGUUGUUCAACCUGACAGCUUGCUGCACGAUAUGGUGCCUGAAUAUGUUUCGGCGUGCCAGUCUGUUGGCGAUGCGUUGGGUGAUGAUGAUCUCACUACUGCCUUGGCAGAACUUUGUGGUGAGUUCUCUGUGCCAGUUCAAGGUUUGCGAAAAGACCAGCUGAUCGACAUCUUGUUUGAAAUCGACAAUGCUGCAACCUUUGGCGCAGAGUGCAAGUCAUCGCCAUUGGGAUUUGAAGACCUCUUGGCAGUUUGCGUGAAAGCUCGUGUGAGAUACUUUCGACAAAAGAAAGCUCUGUCCUCGGAUCAGUUUCCAAGUUUUGAAGGUCUGUGGCAUGAUUUGACCUUUUUGAAUUCUUCAAGUUCCCCAAAGACUAGCCAAGGCUUGCAGUAG